AUGUCUCUGCUCCUGAGACGGCUCUGGAGUCUCGGCCAUGGGAAACCUCCUGUGUCCUUGAGAUCCUCUCUUUUUCUUCUUCACUCCAAAGCAAUCUCAACUUCGUUGCUGCAAACCCCUCCUUGUAAUAUCAUCGUGGCUGAGUCUUGUGGUGGGGGUCUCGGGAAACUUGUGGUUAUGUAUUUCAAUGAACUUGAGUGCACUGAUUUGGAGAAGAAGGUGCCUCUGGAGUUAGUUAAUGACGAAGACGCAAAAAAGAUAACAAUAGGGGCAUCCCAUGGCUGGAUAGCUACUCUGAAGGAAGAUGGAGUCCUGCGUCUCCAAGACGAUCUCAACCCUGUGGCAUCGGAUACUAAUCCGAAACGCAUCCCUCUGCCUCCUCUUGUGACUCUGCCUCAUUGCCAAACCCAAAUCAUCACCAACGUGUCAAUGUCAUCAUCUUCUCCAGAGGAUGAUGAGGACUGUGUCGUGGCCGUCAAGUUCUUGGGACCUCAGCUCAGCUUUUGCAAACCAGCCGGUAAACCGGAGUGGACCAACAUCAAGAUCGAAAACCCCUCCUUCUUCUCCUCCCGUGUCAUGUUUUCCAAGAAAGACAACAUGUUUCGCAUUCUCGGAGAUGGAGGCAGCCUCAUCGGGUCAUGGGAUCCCAGCAAUCCCAGCGGCGACCCAAAGUUUCAGAGCGUGAGAUUUAAAAACAUGCCCAAGCUGAGCAAGGCUAAACAGAAUCUGAUGGAUAUGUGCUGCAGGAGCGAGCAUUUGGUGGAGUCACGACCCACCGGUGAAACUUUCUUAGUCAAGCAGUACAAGAAGACUAUCAAGAUCACAAAGGCUGGUAUUACCCGAUUGAGAACCAAAGCUUUGAUGGUGUUUAAGCUAGGAGAAGAAGGAAACGCUGUUUACACUCAAGACAUUGGAGAUCUCAACAUCUUCCUCUCACUGUCUGAACCUUUCUGUGUCCCUGCUACUUCCUUUCCUGGCUUGUACCGUAACAUUGUCCAUUUUGAUGAUUUCGACGAAUCAGGUCAUGUCAUUAUGUAUGAAUCCAAUAUGGGGAAAUCAUCCCAUAUCUAUAGCAGAUCUUCAAAUAACAUGUCCCCUUACCACAUUCCACCACAAAAUAUUGUCGACUCUUAG